ACGGCCACCUCGAUUCCUCUAAACAUUCUCGGUUCUCUAUCCCUACUCAUCAAUUCUCACGUGUGAGGACUGCUGUUCAGUCAAUGGUCUUCUCCAACCUCCCAACACACGAGAAAGAUGCUUUCUUCUCACUUUUGGAUGAAUACUUCACCUCUCGUCCAGACAUCCUCGGAUCUCUCUCCUCGGAUAGCCCUGGAGGGCAAUCCCAUGGUGCAGCAGCAGGAGCAGCCGUGCACAAAGCACUUGCGAACAAUCCUGCCCUGACCGCGAACCUCGUAUCGACUGGACUGAAGAAUGUACCGAAAAGUAGCCCAUACUCGGGCGUGGCAUCGAACACUUCAGUACAGAACGCAGCAGGUCGGGUUGCCGCAGCUUCGCUUGCUUUCUCUGGACGAGAACAAGCACCUCCGUCGUCAUCGUCGACAAAACCUACACCACCAGCGUUUCAUGCGAGGAAUAGCUCCAGCACGGAGGAUGAUUCUGCUUCUGCGAGCUCGGCUACACGAAAUCUCGCUCAUACGAAGAGAUUCGGAGAUGUCGACACUUCGUCCGCCAAGAACAUGUUCACCUCCCUCCGCAAUUCUACAGCCAACAAAUCCGCCACACCACCCUCAGUAGCACCUCCCAUCCCAGCCGCUUUCGGUCCCAAACGUGGUGGCUUUGCUCCUCCUCCCGUCCGCCAUGUAUCUCCUGCUCCUGCGCCAGAGCCGGAGCCUGAGCCUGAGGAGGAGACUGCGGGUGAGUGGGCAGAAGCAUUGUAUGACUACAGCAGUGCGGAAUCGACAGAUCUGGAAAUCAGAGCGGGACAGCGUAUCUUGGUCACCGAGAGGUCUUCCGCAGAUUGGUGGACCGGUGUGGCCGACGGAAAGAGUGGACUGUUUCCGGCCGCAUAUGUCAAGCUCCUAUAGCAAUGGUCACUAUUGCCUCCGUCACUUGAUGGUCUACAAUAGAAUCGUGAUUUAUGGAAUAAAGCGCUCGACGCAAGUUGACAGAGGU